UUGGUCCCAUUUGUGAGAUCGAUGUUGUCCUUAAUGAUGGGGAAACCAGGAAAAUGGCAGAAAUGAAAACUGAGGAUGGCAAAGUAGAAAAACACUAUCUUUUCUAUGAUGGAGAAUCUGUUUCAGGAAAGGUAAACAUAGCCUUUAAGCAAUCUGGAAAGAGGCUAGAGCACCAAGGAAUUAGAAUUGAAUUUGUAGGUCAAAUUGAACUUUUCAAUGACAAGAGUAAUACUCACGAAUUUGUAAACCUAGUGAAAGAACUAGCCUUACCUGGAGAACUGACUCAGAGCAGAAGUUAUGAUUUUGAAUUUAUGCAAGUUGAAAAGCCAUAUGACUCUUACAUCGGUGCCAAUGUCCGUUUAAGGUAUUUCCUUAAAGUGACGAUAGUAAGAAGACUGACAGACUUGGUAAAAGAAUAUGAUCUUAUUGUUCACCAGCUUGCUACCUAUCCUGAUGUCAACAAUUCUAUUAAGAUGGAAGUGGGCAUUGAAGAUUGUCUACACAUAGAAUUUGAAUAUAAUAAAUCAAAGUAUCAUUUAAAGGAUGUGAUUGUUGGAAAAAUUUACUUCUUAUUAGUAAGAAUAAAAAUCCAACAUAUGGAGUUACAACUGAUUAAAAAAGAGAUCACGGGAAUUGGAGCCAGCACCACAACAGAAACAGAAACAAUCGCUAAAUAUGAAAUAAUGGAUGGUGCACCAGUAAAAGGUGAAUCAAUUCCAAUAAGACUGUUUUUAGCAGGCUAUGACCCAACUCCAACAAUGAGAGAUGUGAACAAAAAAUUUUCAGUAAGGUACUUUUUGAAUCUAGUCCUUGUUGAUGAGGAAGACAGGAGGUACUUCAAGCAGCAGGAGAUAAUUUUGUGGAGAAAAGCUCCUGAAAAACUGAGGAAACAGAGAACAAACUUUCACCAGCGAUUUGAAUCGCCAGAAUCACAGGCAUCUGCUGAGCAGCCUGAAAUGUGAACUGAAUAGGAGAAAAAAAAGAAAAAACUCCUAUAUCUGUUGAGAUUUAAGUUCGGCAGGUUAAAGAUGGUUGCAGCGUGUAGGGCGGGGAAAAGGCCAAAACUCCAUUUAUGAUAGUCUUCCUUUAUCUUACAGUGCUGAGUUUAUUUUAUGACAUAACUAAAUGUUCUUCAUGUAUAUACAUUUAAAAAAAUGCUUUCUUUGAAACACUGGAACUUUCUUAAA